AUGUGCACAGGACAGACUCUAAGCAGCCCAGUGUUUACAUUCCUUUAUAGCACGUCCAUCCAACGAGGGCAGGAAUUUAUUGUUCACUACUCUAUCCUCAGUGCCUUGAGCAAUGCCUGGCGUACAGAAGGCGGAUGGCUCGUACUCUUUGCCCUUGUGCUGCGGUCGGUGGCAGCCUGUCCUGCAUCGUGUGUGCUGUGCACCAAAGAUGUAACCCUCUGUCACCAGCUAACCUAUACAGUAGCAGCCCCUGUGACCACGAGGGUUUUAAUCAUCACCGAUGGAUAUCUCUCCUCUAUAGAGGGCACAAAUCUGUCCCUCUUGUUUAAUCUUGCCCUGCUCUCCUUGAGCAGAAAUGGCAUCGAGGAUGUUCGGGAAGACGCCCUGCACAGCCUUUCAAAGUUGCGGACAUUGCUGCUGGAGCACAACCAAAUAUCCAGCUCUUCGCUCAGCGACCAUACCUUCAGCAAGCUUCGCAGUCUGCAGGUGCUGGUGCUUAGUAAUAACGCUCUCCGUACCCUGCAAGGGUCUUGGUUCCGAAACACCAGGGGCCUAACCCGGCUCCAGCUGGAUGGGAAUCAGAUCACUAAUCUGACAGACAGUUCUUUCGGAGGCACAAAUCUCCACAGUCUCAGGCAUCUGGAUUUAUCUAACAAUUUUAUUUCCUACAUUGGGAAAGAUGCCUUCCGGCCCCUGCCUCAACUACAGGAAGUGGACCUUUCCCGAAAUAGGUUGGCCCACAUGCCAGAUGUUUUUACUCCACUGAAGCAGUUAACCCUUCUGAGCUUAGAUAAGAAUCAGUGGAGCUGCACUUGUGAUCUCUACCCUCUUGCCCGGUUCUUAAGAAACUACAUGAAGUCUUCUGCUCGCACGCUCAGGAAUGCCAAGGACCUAAGUUGUCUGCCGUCCACCACGUCUGUGUCCACUGCAAAGAGUGUGCUGAGGUUGUCUGAGACCAACUGUGAUUCCAAGGCUGCCAACCUCACUCUGGUUCUAAAGGACAGAAGUCCCUUCUUCCCAGGGCAGGAUGUGGCCCUGCUGACUGUCCUUGGCUUUGCAGGAGCUGUUGGUCUCACUUGCCUAGCUUUAGUUGUAUUUAACUGGAAACUCCAACAAGGCAAAGCAAAUGAACACACAUCAGAAAACCUUCCUUGCAGAACCUUCGAUGAAUCCCUGUGUGAUCAUGAGGCAAGAAAUUACCACGCUAAGGGAGAUUGUAACUGCCACUUAACUCAGGAAAAUGAGGUAAAGGUCAUGUCCAUUGUGGGGUCCAGAAAGGAAAUGACACUUUUACAGGAAAACAGCCAUCAAGCAGUACUGGCCUGUGAGUCCACAGCUCUUGACGGAUCAUUUAGAAACCUGAAAGGGAGGGGCCGUGGGGCCGACAGCACUUUCUUCUGCUUUGGUGGCAGAUUGCUGCAGUCGGGAUGUUCAGAGCCUCCUGGGAAUAUGGCAGCUUUUAAUGAAGCCGGCUUACUUACAAGAUAUUGUCCAAAGAGAGCUGAAAAGCUGAGGAAUCAUGAGCCUGGAGAAGUCCAACCUCAAACUCUGCCACAGCAUGUAACGAGAACAGUAGAUAUCAGCAGUGACACAUUUAGUAAAAGAUAUGCAACAUCCGCUUCAGCCUUGGCAAGAGAAAGUCUUGAAAAGCAUUUAACAAAUGAAUCAUGGCAACCUCCAAUAGAAAAAGGAGACAAUGGCUUACAACCUCACAGGCAGAGACAUUUUAUUACAGGCUCAUCAUCCAAGCCUCGCGAGUCUGAGGAACACUCUGUACAAAAGAUCUUACAAAAACAGAGAUCGAAAUAUGAUGAUUCUUGUGGACGGUUCACACGGAGCAGGCCUGGGUAUUUUCAGCCAAACAAUUCUCUUAUCUGUAAAUAUGUGCCCUGUGAUCAAUUUCAAGAUUACGUGAAAGAAAAGAAGCCAAAUCGUCGAGAACACUCAAAGCCCAAGAAAGAGCAAAUCCAAAUUAAAAGAGCAAUAGAAAAAUUCCUCAUGAGUGAGGACAACAUGGAGUUAUCGGGGUUAUCAACAAAAAUCAAGAAAACAUAUUCCCCUAAGAGGGUUAGCUUCCAUCAUCCUGAUUUAGUAGAAAAAAAUAAUUUGGUGAUGUCAUCCAAAACAUCAAGCCAUUGGAAAGAGCAGAAAAAUCAAAGUAACUACCUAACCAGCUUGGAUCUCAAAAAAUGCAGCAAUCCUCAGGAGAGAAACAAAGGAGGAAAAUGGCUUACUGAUCCACAGAUUUUGAAAAAGAAGGGAACCAACCAAUCUGACUUCAAAGGGAAAAUUAAAGGACAAAAUUUAAGGAUAAAAUUAAAUUUAAACCCUUUUAGAAAAGUCAGAAUCCAUCCAGAAAAAUCCUUGCCAGAACUCCCAAAGAAACGCAAACGAGUGUCGUUACAGCCUAAUAAAUUCUCCAAAGCUUCUGAGAAAGAAGCCAAAAUAAACCUGGUGUCCUCUGCAGAUUUCUGCCAACAGUCAGAGGGUAACAACCAUGCUAAAUUCCCUGCAAAGAGGCUGCCUCUCAAACAUGCCCCAAAGCAGACUCCAUAUUGCAGAAAAAACAUUAAAAAGGCUCCUCUGCUCAGUGCUGACAACUUGUCUGUGGCCAACCAGAGCUCCGUGGAAGACAACUGUCACCCUACUGGUCAUAUUCCUGACAGAAACCCAUCAACACUGCCUCAGCCCACACCCACUGUGGCCGAACACAGGCACUCACACUCCCCCUUCUCAACUGAGCAAGUGGGAGGUGCAGCUCACCUGGCAUUGGGGGUUCCUAAUUAUUUACCAGCGACUUUGGAAAACACAGGAAAGGAUAUUUCACCAUCCCACCAUUCUACGGGGGCUACUGAACACAUGGAGCAAGACAAAUCAAAGACCAGCGAGCUAAGCCAGUUUUCUUUGUCCCUGGGGAAUCAAAUCCACAGGACUGACACCUACAAGGAAAACACUUUAGAACAAAAUCAAACCUUACUACAUGCAGAGCAACUCUCAAGUCACGAACAACUUGGAAACGAAGGAAAAACAUUAAUGACAAAACCCAAAAUAUCACAUCCAAUUGUGGAAAGUUGUGUUAUGGAUGAGGGAAAUGAUGUAGGAAAGAAACUUCCUAAAACAGAAACUUAUGAUUCCUCUCCUGUUCCCUGGACACAAUCCAAGGGCAACUUAACAUUUAUGAAGAUAAAUUCUAUUCCAUACCAAAAUAGAAUAGAGCUUCCCAAGGAUAUCAGUACCCCUCUUAGUACUCAAGCCAUCUGGCCUCUACCCAAGAGUAGUGAAAAUGGAAGUGACAGCACAAAUGCAUUGCCCAGAGAUGACGGCGCUGAAGCACUGGAGAUAAAAAUAGUAGGGAAAGAAGAGAAAAAAAUGCUGGAUGAAAGCAAGGCAAAUUCUAGUAUGUUAAUGAAGACCACACGGAUGACCUUAAAUGGAGCCACAAAAGAAAAGCAACAAACUUGGCAAAAUGGAAAAAGUGAAAAACAUUUAUAUGAUUCAAAUUCUGUUGAGGCGACUAUUGCAGCUAAGGAUUUGAGAAUGACAAGUUCCCAUGAAACCAAAAAUAGAUUACCUUGUAGUGAAAUAGAUCUUAAAAUUAAUAGCAAUAUGUAUGAUUUGAAAGAAGUUCAAAAUAUUCAACCAGAUAAAGAUAACAGUGCACAUAAAGAAGGUGCAAUGACAGGGGAGACAUUACCAGAGUUAAAAGACAUUAGUUUUGAGGCAGAAAAUGAGGUGUCUAUAAUUCCUAGAAGAAUAAAUGAAGCUGAAAACUCUGCUCCUAAACCUGCACUGUAUCUACUAUCUGCUGAGUAUGUUAACUCAUCGUCUUUAGAGGCAGAACAAAGUGAACAAAAUAAUUCAAAUAAUAAUCCUUUUCUACCUUAG